AUGCAGGAGUACGCCUCCCGUGUGGCUUACUGUAUUCCACUCUUAGCCAACUCUGCCAUAUGCUACGACGUUUCGAUUCAACAGACGCCGGAGAUGCAGAAGGAGGGCAAGCCUCCCGGCGUGAACCUGGCAGGAAAGCUGCUGAAUGAACGUGGGCAGCCAGAGAGGCAGUGCGUCGUGAUCCGGGCGCAAAGGGAGGAGGAAGUGGGCCACGCCAGCGCAGUGCUGCUGGACACGCUGCGGUGCCGUGCAGAUGCCACAGCCGAAAGAUUGGGCCCUGAGGACGGGUUUGCGCUUUUGGCACUGAGCCGGCUCGCCCGGGUGUUGGAGGCCCGCGGCGCCUUCGCCGAGGCCGUGCCGCUGCGGCGCCGAGUCUUGGAGGCCGAGGAGCGGCUCCGGGGCCCCGAGCACCGCGUGACGCUCACCGCGGUGCACAACUUGGCGUUCGUUCUGAAGCGGCUGGGGAAGUUCAGGGAGGCGGAGGCCCUGCACCGCCGAGCUCUUGCAGGGCGCGAAGCGCACCUCGGUGCGAAUCAUCCGCACACGCUUCAGUCCAUGAACAACCUUGCCGCGCUCCUGGAGCAGCAGGGGAAGCUGGCUGAGGCGGAGGCCCUGCACCGCCGAGCUCUUGCAGGGCGCGAAGCGCACCUCGGCGCGCUGCACACGCACACGCUCAACUCCAUGUCCAACCUGGCUGCCAUCCUGUGGAAGCAGGGGAAGCUGGAUGAGGCGGAAGAGCUGCAACGCAAAGCGCUCGCAGGGCGUGAAGCGCAGCUGGGCGCGAGCCAUCCCGACACGCUAAUCUCCAUGAACGUUCUCGCUGUGAUCCUCCAGUCGCAAGGCAAAUUGGAAGAG